AUCCCAUUUACCGUUAAUAAUGACAAGAGUAUAACGCGGGACAAGGUGGUGCUGCUCUCUGGCGACCCGACAGUUAAACAGUUCGGACGUAUUCGGCUAAUUUUAGAGUUAAUUCAUGAGAAGGAAGAAGACAGCUCGACGCGCUGCAAGAGACUGGAUGGCUCAAAGGAGGUGGUGGGAGAGCUCGGAGCUAGACGGCUUCCUAUUGGUCGAAAGGAGCUGGAGAGGGGGGAGAUCCUUCCCCACGAAAGCUGGGGGUUGGUGCAACCCUUGGAGGUUUUCCAGUAGUACUGGAGCGGUUCUGCUGGAAGUAGGGUACGCGGGUAUCUCGUGAGUGUAACUUAAGUGAGGUUAAAGUCGUAAGUACUUGAGGUUCGUUUAAGGGACUCCUUUUCCACUUGUUAGACCACGAUAGGAAUUUAAUUAUAUGAUUAUAAUUAAAACUUUUUUUUUUAUUGAGGAGGGUUAAAAUAUUCCUCAGAUAAUAUUUUAACAGUGAAAAUUAAAAUAAACUUUUUAACAUA